UUCAGUUGAAAAACCUUAUUUGUGGUUUGUGGUUCAACCGCUGAGUGAGCCGGAGAAUAUCAAGAAAUAAAAUGUUAAGCAACUACGAGGGAUACAAGUCGCCGUUGAGCACACGCUAUGCCAGCAAGGAGAUGCAGUUUCUGUUCAGUGAUCAGAACAAGUUCUCGACCUGGCGGCAGCUGUGGGUUUGGCUAGCAAGGGCAGAGCAUACGCUUGGGUUAGACAUUACCGAGGAACAAAUAGCACAAAUGGAGCUGCACAUUAAGGACAUUGAUUUCGAGGCAGCGGCUGCCGAGGAGCGUCUCACGAGGCACGAUGUUAUGGCGCACGUGCACGUCUUUGCCAAGCAGUGCCCGGCGGCAGCACCAGUCAUUCACCUGGGUGCUACUUCAUGCUAUGUGGGCGACAACACGGAUCUCAUUGUGCUGCGCGAUGCAUUGCAGCUACUAUUGCCACGCGUGGCAACAGUUGUGGGGUGCCUUCAGCAGUUUGCCGAGACUUAUAGAGCCCUCCCGACACUGGGCUUCACGCAUCUGCAGCCGGCGCAACUGACUACAGUUGGUAAACGCGCCUGUCUGUGGAUUCAGGACCUACUAAUGGACGAACGUGCUUUGGGUCGCUGUCUCGAGGAUCUGCGCUUUCGCGGCGUAAAGGGAACCACCGGUACGCAGGCUUCUUUCAUGGAGCUCUUUAAUGGAGAUAGCCAAAAGGUGAAACAGCUGGACUCGCUGGUCACUAAGCUGGCAGGCUUUAGCAAGCCCUAUGCCGUCACCGGGCAGACAUAUACACGCAAAGUGGACGUCGAGGUGAUGGGUGCCCUGGCCAGCCUGGGAAGCAGCAUACACAAAAUGUGCUCUGAUUUGCGCAUACUCGCCUCGCGCAAGGAGAUCGAAGAGCCUUUCGAGAGCACACAGAUUGGCUCGUCUGCGAUGCCAUAUAAACGCAACCCGAUGCGUUCGGAACGCUGCUGUGCCCUGGCUCGCCAUCUGAUUACAUUGUUCAGCAAUGCGGCGAAUACGCACGCCACGCAGUGGCUGGAGCGCACUCUGGAUGACUCAGCUAACAGGCGGUUAACGUUGUCGGAAGGCUUCUUGUCUGCUGAUGCGGCUCUGCUUACGCUUCUUAAUAUUACCCAAGGACUGGUGGUAUAUCCGAAGGUCAUUGAGAGACACAUUGCUCAGGAGCUACCAUUCAUGUCCACGGAGAAUAUUAUCAUGGCAAUGGUAAAAGCCGGUGGCGAUCGCCAGGUGUGCCACGAAAAGAUACGUAUUCUCUCCCAAGAGGCCGGUGCUCAGGUCAAGCAGCUUGGCAAAGACAACGAUCUGGUGGAGCGCGUACGCAACGACUCAUACUUUGCGCCUAUUCUGGAUCAACUGGACCACAUUCUGGAUGCACGCACUUUUACUGGCCGUGCCAGCGAGCAGGUGGGUGAGUUCAUUGCCGAGGAGGUGACGCCCGUGCUAGCCCGCUACAGCGACGCCCUCAAGAGUGUCCAGAAUGUACAGCUAAAUAUCUAAAAAUAAUUGUUCGAACAUUUUUGUAAUCUUAUAAGCUCAAAGCUAUUAAAUACAUUUACGCAUUUUGUUACGACGUACAUAUUCCAAUACUACUGUACAAAGUUAUCUAUUUUGUCAUGGAAUGUGGAACAUAUAGAAGACAUCUCCAAGCCAAUAAAGUAUGUAUAUUUAUAUCCCUGAUCCGUAUCAACAGUCCAGUCAAUAGAACGGAGAGCUUCAGUCUUCUCACAUAUAUGCAAAUCCGUACGAUGUGUGUAUAAAGGGUAUUUGUUUUUCUUGUUUAUUAUUUUCAUGUGUUUUUGAAUGCAACCGCCCCACACUUCUGAAGCACUUCAUUGCGGUUAUCGCUGCAAUUCUCUGACCCCUGGACCCCCAAUGCGAUUCUUAUUUAUUUCGCGUGUCUGACGUACUAAUGUAAUUGAGAGCUAAAAACCACAAGCCUCCAACAGUUAACAUCGCCUAGAUUCGUAAGCCGCAUCAGAUAAGACCUACAUUUGUUGUCAACAU